GAUCCACUUCCAACGGUUUAGCCGUUGAAAUUACGCCAACUCCGUCUUUAGGCUCCUCCACAUGCCCUCCUACCGACCGAAGCGCCAUAGAAUGUGAGGAGAGAGACGGAGAGAGAGAGAAAGAGCAGUUACCAACGAUUUACCCUCCUUCCUUCGUCUCCCUAUAAAAGGGCAACACCACGCACGAAAUCUUCGCACCUUGUCUUUCUUUCUUCAUCUCUCUGUCUCUCUCUUUCCAAAUCUCUCUCCUUAGUUCAUAUUUCAUACAAGCAGAGAAUAUAUUCAAAACAUAAUUUAAUUGGCACCCAUGGGGACUAUUAUCGAUGCUGCAGACAAGGUAGCAAAUGGAAAUUCACUAACUGAGAAGAAGGUUAAGGUUGUUUUUGUUCUGGGUGGCCCCGGUAGUGGUAAGGGCACCCAGUGCGCAAAUAUCGUAGAGCACUUUGGCUACACCCAUCUCAGUGCUGGUGAUCUUCUCAGAGCAGAAAUAAAAUCUGGUUCGGAAAAUGGGACCAUGAUUCAGAACAUGAUUAAGGAGGGAAAGAUUGUUCCUUCAGAGGUGACAAUCAAACUCCUCCAGCGAGCAAUGCAGGAAAAUAGCAAUGACAAAUUUCUAAUCGAUGGUUUUCCUCGUAACGAGGAAAAUCGUGCAGCAUUUGAGUCUGUUACUGGAAUUGGGCCAGAAUUUGUUCUGUUUUUCGAUUGUUCUGAAGAGGAGAUGGAAAGGCGCCUUUUGAGUCGCAACCAGGGAAGGGAAGAUGAUAACAUUGACACAAUAAGGAAGCGAUUUAAGGUUUUCUUGGAAUCUAGUCUCCCUGUGAUUGAGUAUUACAGCCUUAAUGGGAAGGUUCGGAAGAUUGACGCUGCGAAGCCUGUUGGAGAAGUUUUUGAAGCGGUUAAAGCUGUUUUCACCCCAACAGAAUCAGAUGACAAGGCUGCAGCCUAGGUAUUGCAACUAUAGCCAAGAAAUUAUCAAGCCCAGCCAAAUACGAGGCGGUAUAAUAUAUUGCUGCAUAUUAGUCCACUAUGUCAUGCGAGCCUACAUGGACCAUGUCCGAUCCUCUGUUUGUUGCUUAAGAAGGUUAAAGUUUAUUUUGUUAAAAGAGUUAUAUUUGAACAAGGAAAAGUUAAAUUUUGUGAUGGGGUUUGCUCCCUCUAUAUUCAUUAUACCAAUGUGACGGAUCCUUGAUAAGAGAAUAAAUGUGUUUUAUUGGUAAUAAUGAUGUG